AGAGGACUUCCUGCCAAGCCUUCCCUCCUCCUGAACCUGGCAUGCAGAGAGUCGGGUAGAGGAGAGGGUCUGCUCCCCAUCCCUGGUUCCUCACAGACAGGGAGGCUCGACCGUUUCCAUCCCAUCUCCAUCCCUGGUUCCUCCAUGGACCUGGGGAGAGGCGACGGGCUGCUGCCCACCCCAGGGAGCUCUGAGGCGGGCAGAAGAGAGAGUGACAGGGGGUCUAUCUGGCCUCUCAUGGGUCUGCAGGUCAAACCCUUCCCCCAGAGGAGAAUCAAACUGAACAGAGACCUGGGUAGGAACAGCAGUAUGGCCCGCCCAGAGGAGAGACCAGCUCCAGUUGCUAAUAUCACCACUACUAUCACCUCUACUGGAGAGAGGCCUGCUGGUCCCGAGAGAGGAGGAGCAGAGAGGGAUGGAGCGACGGAGAGGGUGGCGGUGAUGGUGGAGCGGAGGUCUUCUGGCGAGAGGUCAGAGGUCAGGUCUGUUAGGUCAGAGAGGCCGUCAUCAGGGGAACGUUUGCCGGAGAGAGGAGGAGGAGGAGGAAGGUCAGUCUCUCUAGACCGCAUGACCAUCGCGGAACGCUCGGCCAUCGCUAAGAAACCUGAUGUCACCGUGGAGAGAACAGAGAGCGAGUACACGCCGCCCGCUGAGAGAGAGAGACCAGCGGAGAGCUCCAAGGAGAGAGAGAGACCAGCAUCAGCCCAGACUGGCAGGUCAUCAUCCAGGGAGAAGUCAGCCACCAGGGAACCGAAAGGAGAGAAGACCUCGUCCUCCAUAGACAGACCUGCCUCUACAGGGGAGCGAGCGGCAGGGUCCCAGAGAGAGACUGUCGCUGAAGACAGAGCGGCAGCGGUGGUGAAGGAGGGUUCUGGUUCUGGGAAGACCAGAAAGAUCAGCAGAAAGAGUUCUGAGCCCACGACCCACCACUCAUCAGACCACUCUGUCACUUCAACUGGCAGCAGCAGGUCUGAGCCGAGCCAGAGCCAGGGUGCUGUGUCAAAACCACGGGACCUCCAGACCCAAAGGAGACCCAGUCCCGUCCAGUUCCCCAGCCCAGGCAGGGAGAGGAGGGACCGUGGGACCGGAGGAGUCCUCAUCCAGCCUCCACCCCGGUCCAAGUGGGAGAGAGAGGAGGAGGAGGAGGAGGAAGAGGAGCAGCACUCAGCGUCCAGGGAGAAUGGGGCGUUGGCGGUUUCCUCCUCUGUUCCCAGAGACGCUCUGAGGAGAGAAGUCUCACCAGCACCGCCUAGUGGCCAAGGCAGGGAGGUGCAGGGCAGUGUCUCUAAAACAGCCAACACAGAGGGGAGGAGAGGGAGGGAGGAAGGGACUAGAAGGAGGGAGGAAGGCAGAGGGCUUAAAAAGGGGCAGGUGAACUUUAGAAAACCAGCUAAGACCGAAUCCAGAGGAGUGAAGGAGGAAGGAAGAGGGGGAGGGAGGGAUGAGAGUCGAGGGGCGGGGCCUGAGCCAAGGCGACAGCGCCUGUGUUCUGACCUGGGUAGAGAGACGGACGAGGCAGCCUUCGUCCCCGACUACAGCGAAGGGGAGGGGUCAGACGGGGAGCGAGGCAGUGGCCUGAGCCAUAGCCCCUCUCACAACACCCAGAGCCCCGCCUCCCAGAGCCCCGGCGGCUCCCCUAGCAACCACAGCGGCUCCACGGCGACAGACAAGAAGAAGAAGAAGAAACACAAGAAACAUAAAAAACACAAGAAGCACAAGAAGCAUUCUGCCGACGUUGAGCCUCCCGUCGAAGGAAGGAAGGAACACAAACACAAGAACAAGAAGAAGAAGCACAGGAAGAAUAAAGAGGAAGAGGGAGGAGGAGGGAAGGCAGAGGAGAAGACUGGGCAGGAGUCAGCCACCAUCUGAGACCCUGCUAGCUCCGUUAGCAUCUAGCUCAUGGUUACAACCUGAGUUUUUCUAGUUCAUGCUAGCUCUUUUAGCAUCUAGCUAAAGACUACAACUGAGACUGCUAGCUCAUGCUAGCUCCGUUAGCAUCUAGCUAAUGGUUACAACCUGAGUUUGCUAGUUUAUGCUAGCUCCGUUAGCAUCUAGCUAAUGGUUACAACCUGAGUUUGCUAGUUUAUGCUAGCUCCGUUAGCGUCUAGCUAAAGAGUAAACCUGGACAAAACCUUCUUGUGGGAUACUUUGUCAAAUUCUUUUAAGUACUUAAGCUGAGCUGGAUAUAGUUUGUUUAUCUAUAAUGGAACCACUGGAAUAAGUGGAGCUCACCUCAGAUAUUUGUAAGUAUUUUGUGUUUUCUGUUAAUGUGAUGCUGUCUCCGAUGCAGGUUCUCUGUGAAUGUGUUUUUGUACAAAGAUGAUGCUGCAUUAUAUUCAAUUACCCUGAUCUAUGGCUAUAAGGUAUCUGAAACUCUGAAGAGUCCCAAAUUUAACCCUGUACACUAUAUAGUACACUACGUUUGACCAGAGUCGUAUGGGCCCUAGUCAUUAGAGCCCUAGUCUAAUGGGCCCUAGUUUUGCAGGACUCUGGUCGAACGUAGUUCACUGUAAAGGGAUUAGAGGUUAAUUUGGGACACCUCCCUGAUGUAUAGUAGGUUAUAUCAUCAUGUUCAUAUGAACUGAUCUGAAGCCGGGCUGACUGAUCUGAAGCCGGGCUGACUGAUCUGAAGCCGGGCUGACUGAUCUGAAGCCGGGCUGACUGAUCUGAAGCCGGGCUGACUGAUCUGAAGCCGGGCUGACUGAUCUGAAGCCGGGCUGACUGAUCUGAAGCCGGGCGGACUGAUCUGAAGCCGGGCUGACUGAUCUGAAGCCGGGCUGACUGAUCUGAAGCCGGGCUGACUGAUCUGAAGCCGGGCUGACUGAUCUGAAGCCGGGCUGACUGAUCUGAAGCCGGGCUGACUGAUCUGAAGCCGGGCGGACUGAUCUGAAGCCGGGCGGACUGAUCUGAAGCCGGGCUGACUGAUCUGAAGGCCGGGCUGACUGAUCUGAAGCCGGGCUGACUGAUCUGAAGCCGGGCUGACUGAUCUGAAGGCCGGGCUGACUGAUCUGAAGCCGGGCUGACUGAAUGGUGACUAGUGGAAGUUACUGUUAUUAAACUUUUUUUUCCCCUUUAAA